AUGCUGGUCACUCUGGAGAACACCCCCUACAUUGCCCUGGGCCUGCUAGUCGCGUACUAUUUGGUGCCCUAUCUGCAGCGCUGGCGGCUGCACGAUAUCCCCGCGCCCGGUCUGGCGGCCUUCACCAACCUUUGGCUGCUGGCCCAGGCCCGACAGGGCAAGCGCUAUUUGUCGGUCGAUCAAGCCCAUAAGAAGUACGGUACGCUGGUGCGCCUUGCACCCAAACACAUUUCCAUUGCCGACGAUGCCGCCAUCCAGACUAUUUACGGACACGGUAAUGGAUUCUUGAAAGCUGACUUCUAUGAUGCUUUUGUUUCUAUCCGCCGGGGUCUGUUCAAUACCCGGGAUCGUGCGGAGCAUACGCGCAAGCGCAAGACUGUCUCUCAUACGUUUAGUGCUAAGUCCAUCGGCCAGUUCGAGCAGUACAUCCACCACAACAUUGAGAUGUUUGUCAAGCAGUGGAACAAGCUCUCUGAUCUACAAGCGAACCCUAAGACGGGAUAUGCUAGUCUUGAUGCCCUUAACUGGUUCAACUACCUGGCCUUUGACAUCAUCGGUGAUCUAGCCUUCGGUGCUCCGUUCGGCAUGCUUGAAAAGGGCAAGGAUAUUGCUGAGAUGCGCAAGACUCCCACCGACCCGCCCAAGUAUGUUGCCGCCGUCGAAGUGCUGAACCGUCGUGGCGAGGUCUCCGCUACGCUCGGCUGCCUGCCCGCCUUGAAGCCCUGGGCUAAGUGGAUCCCCGACCGCUUCUUCACCCAGGGUAUUGAGGCCGUUGAGAAUCUGGCUGGUAUCGCUAUCGCCCGUGUCAACGAGCGCCUCAAGCCUGAGGUCAUGGCCAACAACACCCGUGUCGACCUUCUCGCCCGCCUCAUGGAAGGCAAGGACGGAAACGGCAACACGCUCGGCCGCGAGGAACUCACCGCCGAGGCCUUGACCCAGCUGAUUGCUGGUUCCGAUACUACCUCCAACACCGCCUGUGCGAUCCUGUACUGGUGCAUGCGCACCCCUGGCGUGAUCCCCAAGCUGCAGAAGGUCCUAGAUGACGCCCUGCCUAAGGACAUCGAGGUUCCCACCCACGCCAUGGUUAAGGAUAUCCCCUACCUGCAAUGGAUCAUCUGGGAAACGAUGCGUAUCCACAGCACCUCGGCAAUGGGUCUUCCGCGCGAGAUCCCCGAGGGCGCCAGUCCCAUCGAGAUCGCAGGCCACACGUUCGGACCCGGCGACGUUCUCUCCGUACCUAGUUACACGAUCCACCGCUCCAAAGAGAUCUGGGGUGCAGACGCGGAGGAGUUUGUCCCUGAGCGCUGGGAUCCAGAGCGCCUGACCGCUCGCCAGAAGGCGGCCUUCAUCCCAUUCAGCCACGGCCCGCGUGCCUGCGUCGGCCGCAACGUCGCCGAGAUGGAGCUGCUCGUCAUGGGCGCUACGGUUUUCCGGCUCUUUGAAUUCCGCAUGGAGCAGGAGGGUCCCAUGCAGACUCGUGAGGGAUUCCUGCGCAAACCACUCGGUCUGAUGGUUGGUAUGCGCCGCCGUACCCCGGCGUAG